AUGUUGCCUCCGGGCCUGGGCCUCUCUCCUGCUGACUCUCGCGGCGCUGGUAGAAUCAGCAGCAGCAGCAGUAGCAGCAGCAGCAAGCACAGCGGCAAAAAGGCCCUCCUAAAGCAAAGGAGCCCCAGCCCUGGAAUAGACCCGUGGGCUGUCAUCCCUUCCCCCGAACCCGUGAGCAAGCAACGAAAUAGCAGCAGCAGCAGGUGCAGCAGCAGUAGCAGAGCUCAUGCGGCCACGGCGGCACGGCCUAGCAGGCGGAGCUGCCAUGCUGUUCCCAUCAGCAGCAGCAGCAGCAAACAAUGGGACAACAGCAGCAAACAGUGGGACAACGGCAGCAAACAAUGGGACAGAAGCAGCAAACAGUGCGACAGAAGUAGUAGCCCUCAUUCAUGGGGAACAUACUGUGGCAGUCACAACAGGAACAGCUGGUGUGCAGGCAGCAGCAGCAGCAGCAGCAACAAUGGCAACUGGGGCCUUGGCAGCGAUGGCGGCUGGGGAUCUGGAGUAAGCUGGCUAGAGCGCUGCAGCAGCAUUGCUGCUGUGUGCCGCAACCCUGCAUCAGACGAGCAGCAGCAGCAGCAACAGCAGCAGCAGGAUUGGCAGCAGCCAUGGAACGCAACGUGUUCAUCGCAGUGGCAGCAGCAGCAGCAGCAGCAGCAGCGUACUCAGCAACGGCACAGCUGGAACCCACAAAGCUACGGGCAGCGGCACCACUUGCAGCAGCAGCAGCAGCCCAAGCAGCUGCAAUCCGAAGAAGGUCAGCAGCAAAGCUUCUGGCGGCAGCAGCAGCAGGAGCGGCAGCAGCAGCCAGCGGAGCCAAAGCGGCCACAAACUGCGGAGGAGCAUUUGCAGAGGUGGCAGCAAGAGCAGCAGCAGCGCGAGUGGGAACAGAAGAGUUACCAGCAGCAAACCACAUGGCAGCAGCAGCAGCAUGAGGAAGGGCAGGUGCGGCAGCAGCAACAAGUAGGCUGGGAACAACAGCAGCAGCCGCUACAGCAGCAACAGCAAUCUCAGCAGCAGCAUUGGGGGCAGCACCAGUAUUCGUGGCAGCCAAAUGCUGAGUGGCAGCAGCAUCAGCAGCAGCACGAAAGCUUGUAUGGCUGGAAUGAGCAGCAGCAAGCGUCUGGCUCGCCGCUGCUGCAGCAGCAACAGCAGCACAUAUGCCAGCAGUCAUGGCUCUAUAGACAGACGCACACUGGCUGGGGAGACCAGCAGCAACGCGCUGCGUGGUCGCCGCCACAGCAGCAGCAGCAACAGCAAGUAAAUCCCUCCGUCGCCACAGCUGGCAAGUCAUUUCAGCUGUCACCGCAUGCGCCAGCGUUUCCCCCACCGCCGCCCCAGCCACCGCAACAGCAGCAGCAGCAGCAGCAGCAGUGGGAGCUGCUGCAGCAGUCCUUUAGCCCUGCCGCAAAGCUUCCUUUUUCGGUGCAGUCGCCUGAAGAGUGCAGUGGCACUUCUUUUGGCGGGGGCGGUGUUCGUGUCAGCCGCAGUCAUGCUGCUGCUGCAGCAGCUGCUGCAGGAGCCUUGCAAACUGAACAGCAGCAGCAGCAGCAGCAGCGAGAGCAGCUCGCGGAAUGGCUGCUCCAGGGACGCUCUAGCGACUCUCCUCUUUCGCAGCAGCAGCAGCAGCUGCAGCAUCUAUGCUUGUCCUCCCCUUUGACCGAUUCAUCUCAGCAACCACAAGCCACUCCACAGCAGCAACAGCAGCAGCAAGGGCAGAGGCAAAUCUGCCUGACACCUUAUGACUUUGUCUCUUGUGUUGGCCCUCCACAAGAGCCUGCGGACUCGCCAGACCACUUCCAGCAGCUACUGCAGCAGGAAGCGGAGUCAGAAGACAAACUCUCGCAGAAGCAGCCACUGCAGCAGCAGCAGCAGCAGCGGCGGCAGCAGCAGGCGUUGCAGGUAAGCGGGCACAUCCCUUCUGGCGUUUUAUCGUCGACCCCGCAUACAGCCCAGCGAGUGCGUGUGGCAGCUCAGUCAGCCAUACAGCAGCUGCAGCAGCAACAGCAACAGCGGAAGCAGAAGUCGGAGCAGCAGCAAAGGUCUCCCCUGCCAGGUGAUGGGCCUGGUAGACGUUCCUCUGCGGGAUGGCUGCAGGGGCUGUUGCUGCUGCAGCAGAGCCCCGCUUCCAACAGGCACUUAAAAGCUGCAAAAGCGAAUGCUGCGCCUUGUGCUGCUGCUGCAGCGCCUGCGAGUGCUGCUGCAGCAGGUGCUGCAUCAGCGCGGCACUCGCCAAGCUGCGAACUGCCCGCAGCAGCUUCACCUGCAGCGAGGGCAGCAGCAGCAAAAGCGUCGACCACAUGUACAGCAACACCGCGAGCAACAGCUGCUGCCUUGAGGGCAGCAGCAGCAGUGGCAGCAGCUGCGGACGCAAUGAGAGCGCCUGCUGCUGCAGCUGCUACCUUUCCUAGCGCGCCUUCUGUGGCAGAAACACCGGCAAGACAAGCUACUGCAGUAGCAGCAAAGGCAGUAGUUGCUGCUUCUGCGCAGCGAGCAGCUGAAGGGAUACGGAAGCCGUCCCCGGCAGCAGCAGCAGCAACGGCAGCAAAGCGAGCAGCAGCAGCAGUUGCUUCUUCAGAUGCAGCACCACCAGUUACAGGAAGGCAGGCGGCAAACAGCCUCAAAUCCCUGCUUCCAGCUUCCCGCGGUUGUUCACCUGCUACAGCAGCAAGGCGUGCUGCUGCAGGAGUCCGCGCCAGUGGAGUCACCGCUGCUGCUGUAUUGAGUCCUGAUGCUGCAGCGAGCUCUGCUGCUGCAGCGAGCUCUGCUGCUGCAGCGAGCUCUGCUGCUGCAGCGAGCUCUGCUGCUGCUGCUGCGGUUCCGGCUGCUGCAGAAAGCCUUGCCGAUACAUUAAGCCCUGUUGAUGCACUUGGCGCUGUUGCUGCAACAGGCCGUGUUGCUGCAGCUGCGGGGAGUUCUGCUGCUGCAUCGAGCAGUAGAGCUGCAGUAAGGACUGCUGCUGCAGAUUCCUUUGCGGCUGCAGCAAGGACUGCGUCUGCAGCGGACUCAUUGGCUGCAGCACGCUCAGCUGCUGAGGCAAAUUCUGCUGCUGCCAGUUUGCUUCAACGUGGCGAUGCUUCUGCUACUGUCCAGGUGACUCCACGAGAUGCGCCCACAGGCUGCCGCAGCAGCACACACCACAGCAGCAAAAGCAGCGGCAGCAAAAGUAGCAGCAGCAAAGUCAGCAGCAGCAAGAGCAGCAGCAGCAAACACAAAAGUAGCAGCAGCAGCGGACUUGACACCAGCAGAGGCAGGUGCAGCACCAGCAGCAACAGGAGCAGCAGGAGCUGUAGCAACAGCAGUAGAAGCAGCAGCAGCAGCAGCAGCAGCAGUAGCUCCAGUAGCAGCAGCAGGAAACCCACGCAUCGGCCAUCUGUUGGGCAGAAGGACAACAUAAACAGAAAUAGCUGCAAGGAUCCCUUAUUCGAAGAGCAGAACCAAAGGGCAGCCGCAUCAAAAGUAACCUCAACAUCAGUCAAUGCAGCAGAAUGCGCUGGUGGUGGUGCUGCUGCUGCUCCAGUUGCUGGCCACGUUUCGAGCGCUACAGCUGUCCAGGCGGCCUCGGCUCAAGAAUUCCACAGAGAACAAGGGACACAGAGGCAGCAAGAGCUGGGGCAAAAGCAGCAGCAGCAGCAGCAAACGCAGCAGAAACAGCAACGACGCAUUGUAAAGCGGCUUGACGAGCCUGUCCGCACCGCGGAAGCGUAUGAAGAGCAGCAGCAGCAGCAACAGGAGGAGCAGCAGCAGCAACGGGAAGAGCAGCACAGCCGUUCGCUUGAAGGCCGCGAGUUUCAACCGGAGCAGCUGAGGCAACAGCAGCAGCAAAGUCAUCAUCAGAAGCUGCAAAAGCCAUCGGGACAUGAGCACGUGCCCCAGCAAGGCGAGCAGCAGCAGCAGCAGCAGCAGCAGCAACAGCGUGCAUCGGAGCAAGAGGCGCAUCGAAAGGACGAGCUAAAGCAACAGCAACAGCAACAGAAAGAGCAGCAGCAGCAGCAUCUGCCUAAAUUUAUGGACACAGAGCUGCCUCCGGAGCAGCAACGACAAAGUCAGUCUCAGCAAGAACUGCAACAGCAAAAACAGAAGCAGCUUCGAGAGCAUUCGAAUCAAGCGGCAGCAAUCAGCGAUGAGGCGACCACUGGAUCAAUCCAGGGAACAGCAGCUGUAGCAGCAACAGAGAAGCCGAGAGCAGCAGCUGAAGCAGCGGAAGCAAUAUCGUCACAAGCAACAUCCCCAGAAGCGUCAGCAGCAAGGGCCGAGACUCCCACAGAUCAGGAGAUAACAGGAAUCGGGGAAGUGCAUCAAGCCUCAGCAGCAGCGGCAGCAGCAGCAUCAGCAGCAGCAGCAGCAGUAGCAGUAUUCUCUCACCCUGCGUCAGCUACGAGACCGCCACCAGAUGAAGGCGCAGCACUUAGAAGUGCCGCUGGAGCAGCAAGCCCUGCAGCAGCAGCAGCCACUCCAGCAGCAACCACAGCAGCGCAAGCUGCAGCCGCCUUGCCGGCAUGGGAAGCUGCAGCAGCCACUGCUGCGCCUGUUGCACAACCUAAUGGCUCUCCUGCCUUAUCUGCUGCUGCGCCUGCCAACGGGGAAGCCACAGGAGAAAGCGCCCUUGGGCAGAGCACAGCAGCAGCAGCUGCAGCAGCGACAGGCUCUGUGGCAGCAUAUGCUUCAGCAGUAGACGAUGCAACAGGAGACGUUGCAGCAGUCGCAAACGCAGGAGCAGCAGCACCCGCAGCACCGGACACAACAGACGAAGGCGCAGCAGCAGCAGCCGCUGUGGCCGCAGGGGCAGAUGUAAAAGCCGCAGCAGCAUCGGGAGCUGCAGCAGCGGACGCGGCAGCAGCACUUGUAGCAGAGGCAACCGCACGAGCACCAGAAGCGUGUGCAACAUCAGCAGACGCAGCCGCAGCGAACGCAGCGGAAGCAGGUGGGAACGUGGCAGCAGAAAGCGCAACAGCGGCAGGAGCAGCACGGGAUGCACCAGCGGCAGCAGCAGAUACGGCAGCAGCAGAUGCGGCAGCAGCAGACAUCGCAGUGGCGGAAUCAGCUGCAGCCGCAGCAACUGCAGGAACAAGCACAUUGGCAGCUGCAGAAGCAGCAGACGCAGCAGCGGCAAAAGCGGAAGCAACGGGAAAAGACUCAACAGCUACAGACACAGCGACAGCAUACAAAGCCCCAACAGCAGCGAAGACAACCACAGCAGGUUUAGCGGGAGAAGAUGCAGCAGCAGCAGGCGCAGAACCAGGAGAAGCAAAUACAGCACCAGCAGAAAAGACAGUGUUGGGUGCAGCCGCAGCAGCAGCAGCAGUAGACACAGCAGCAGAGGCCGCGAGAACCGACACAGCGCCAACAACAGGCGCGACGGACUUAGCUGCAGCAGUAGGUACAGCAGCAGCUGCAGCAGCAGCAGUCCAAGACUCAGCGGCAGCAGACGGAGUGGCAACAGACACAGCAGCUGCUUGCGCUGUAGCAACAUGCAAAGCCGUUGCAGAAGCAGCAGCAGCAGACCCAGCCAAACACGCAGCAGCAGCAGACACCGCAGCAGCAAGUGCACAAGGGGCACAAGUGGAAAUGACAGAUGGCGAGUCAGCAGCAGAUGGGGCGCCAACAAGUGCAGUAGUAGCAGACGCAGCCGUGACGUAUGCAGCAGCAGCAGACUCAAUGGCAGAAGAAGCAGCAGGAGCAGCACACAAAGAAAUAGUACAGCCAGGAGUAUCUGCAGCGGGAGUUGUGCGCGCAACACCAGAAGAAAUAGAAGCAUCAGGGAAAGCAAAAGUAGCUUUAGAAACAGCAGCAGUUGCAUUUAAAUUGCCGGAGGGACAGCCGGAAGAACAGUGGCAGCAGCAGCAGCAGCAGCAACAAAGCCAAGAAGCAGCAGCAGCAGAUGUGCGUGCGCUUGAUGGGAAACCCGAAGCCCAGCCGCAGCAAGCGCAGCAGCAGGAACUGCAGCAACUGCAACAGCACCAACUACAGGAGCAGCGGAACGCGGAGCAGCAGCAACUGACCUCUGAGACGGAGGACCGACCUCUAGAGGGAGAACAAAUGCAAGAAGUGCAGCACCAGAUGCAGCAGCAGUCACUUGCCCAGCAGCAGCAGCAGCACCAGCAAGUUGCCAAGGAAGCUGCAGUAGACGUCGCUCACGAAGGAUCAGCAGUGGCUGCUGACGCUGGAGCUGCAAGUGCUGGUGCUGCAGACGCUGCAGAAGAGCGCACUGAGGAAAGUGUUACUUCACAGGCCGCUGCUGCUGCUGCAGGGUUAGAUGAGCAGCAACCGGAGCAGGACAAGCAGCAGCAGCAAAACAGCAGCCAGAGCGGGCGCUUCCAGUCUGCCCGCGCUCAAGCUGCUGCCUGCAGCGAGAAUGAGCUGCAGCAGCAGCAGCAGCAGCAGCGCCAGGAAACGCUCGAUGUUGAUUCGAAAAGCAGCAGCCCCAUACCAACUGAAGAUGCGCCUCAUGCUGCUGAUCGGGAACUGCAGCAACAACGGCAGACGCAGGAGCAGGAAGCGCAGCAGCAGCAGCAGCAAGACGCUUCUGCCGCAGACCAAAAGACACCUGCAGUGCCCGCAAACGGAACACAGUCUCCAAGCAGCAGCCGCAAGAGCAGCAGCAGCAGCGGCACCAACAUCAGAAGAAAGAGAAACACUAGUAGGGGCAAAGAUUCUGUUGGGGCACCGAAAGAGCAACAGCAGGCUGCUGCUGCCACUGGCUCCAUGGCCUCUGCUGAUGCUGCCUCAGAGCCUCCGCUAAAGCGCGGCCGUUGCAGUCCGCGAAAGCGGCAGACACCUGCAGCAGCAGCAGCAGCAGAGGCAGCAGAGGCAGCGGAAGCAGCAGAAGCAGCAACAGAAGAAGCAGCAGCAGCUCCUUCCGUUGCUGUGGGAACAAAUGCGCCAGCAGUGACCCUGUCAGUUCCUGCUGCUGCUACUGAAAAGCGGCCAAGGCCGCUGCAGAGCACUGGCAGCAGUGCAGGUCCGCGGCGUGAAUGCUUAGGCAGCAACAGCGGCAGCAGCGGCAGCAGCGGCAGCAGCUGCAGCAGCGGCAGCAGCAGUAGCUGCAGCAGCCGCUUCUCUCGUUUUGUGGCUUCUCUAGAUCGCCACCAGCGGCAGCAGCAGCAGAUGCUCCAGCCGAAUGCGCCUCAGCAGCAGCGACCUCAAGAACAGUCGCCGCCACGGACGCCACUGCAGCAGCAGCAGCAUCAGCAGCAGAGGCAGCGGCAGCAGCGGACAGCAACCGACUCUCAAGGCAAUUCUGUUCCCUGCGGGGGUCCACGGUCUUUGCGUGGCUCAUCUGCUGCUGCAUUCGAGGCGGGACCUUCUCCGUUUUACUCGAGUGCUGCUGCAUCAGCUGCAGCAGCGGCAGCAGCAGCAAGCCAGAGCGGAACUACAGAGUCUCUGCUGCUUCGCCGCCGCGCUGCCGCUCCGUACGUAAACCCACGACCACAGCAGCAGCAGAAGCAAGCGCACAGUGAUGGCCUCAUGCGUGCUGCUGCUGCGCUGGAGCAGAAACUGAAGGCGCCUCGUACUGUUGGUAUGAAGCAGGAGCAGCAGCCGCACCAGCAGCACCGGCUCGAGUGGUGGAUGGGCGUGGGAUGGCUUAAAGUCACUGACACAAGGCUUGGCCAGGGUACAUUUGGCAGCGUCUUUGAAGCAGAGUGGUCCAGGGAGACACAGCAGCAGCAACUGCAGCUGCUGCAGCAACAGCCGCAAAGAAAGGAGACUCCCGAUAUAAAGCCGCAGCAGCAACCACAGUCUCCGACGAAGCAGAGGGGCUCUAGGCCUCGACGGUCUGCAGCCCCUCCGCUGCCGCAGUGCAGCAAAAGCAGCAACAGCAGUUGCUGCAUCCCUCCUGCGGAGAGCUGCAGCAGCUGCAGCAGCUGCAGCAGCUGCCGCUCUGCGUCUGUGUCGCCUCUUGCGCUAAAAGAAUACAAGACAAUGUCUGCUGCUCCAUUUCAGUUCCUGCGGGAGGAGGCUCUGAUGAAGCACUUCAACCCCCACGUCAUUCGACCCAUAGCCACGCGCAGCUACCGUGAGCAGCAGCCGCAGCAGCAGCACGGGACCACACGCGUCUUUCAGCUGCUGAUGCCGAGGGCCCUGGGAGACCUUCAGGUGCUGCUCAGGCGCCUUAUUGUUAGGAGAGCCAAGGCCAAAGUUGUGCUGGCGUGGUAUGCAGCGCAGAAGCAGCAGCAGCAGCAAAGAAAAACUCAGUCCAGUGCUGCAGCCGCAGCACCGGCUGCAGCAGCAGCCGUAGCACCGGCUGCAGCAGCAGCAGCUACAGCUGCAGGAGCUGCACCGUUGGAGGUUUCUAGCGCCGGGGCAGCCUCAGGAGAUGCUUGCGCCGCUAUGACCCCAACAGCGGCAACAUCUACAAGCAGUACAAGCAGCAGCAGCAGCAGCAGCAGCAGCAGCAGCAGCAGCUGCAAGAGUGGGAAGGCGCUGCCUAGCAUGGAAUCUCUAUGGCGUGCCUACGGGUCUGUAGGGCCCUGCGGCCUGACUGAAUUUGAGGCCAAGUUCAUUGCGGCCCAGCUGCUGCAGGGGGGGGCUUUUCUGCACUUUUGCUGCUCCGCGGAAGUGCUGCGCGUGGUGGAUGUCAAGCUUUCAAAUAUUCUUGUCUUUGCUGCUGAAGCCGAUGCAGCAAGGCCCCUUAAGUGGCUCAUUUGCCUCGCGGACUUCGGCUCAGCUAUUAUCAACAACCCGCAGGACCACCUUCGCGCAUCUACGCCUUGGAAGGGGGGCCAGGAGGAAAAGCGCACUGUGCUUUGCAAUGCUGCAGCAGCAGCAGGCAUAAGGCUGAGAGCAGCAGCAGCUAUUGGGUUCAACGCAUGUGCUGCUCUUUUAGAGCAGCAAGCUGCUGCUGCAGCACGAGCAGCAGCAGUAGCACCAGGACUUGCUGCUGCGCAAGCAGCAGCUCCUACUGCCCAGCAACAGGACGAGAAAGCAGAAGCAACAAGCGAAGCAGCAGCAGCUGCAGCAGCUUGCGACACAAGGCCAGCAGCCACUGCAGCAGCAGUAGCGGCAGCUGCAGCAGGAGCAGCAGCAGAGGCACCCGCUGCAGCAGCUGCAACAUGCAACAUUGCUGCUCUGAUCUGUGUUUGCUGUUCACCGGCUGAUGGAGGCCUCAGAGGCUUUGGAGUGCAGCAGCUGCUGCUGCUGGCGUCUAUGUUGAACAUACCCGCGGUUGUAAUUCGCAGCAAGCUCUGCAGACAAAGAAUUGCUGCUGCUGUUGGCCUGCCCACGACUUUAGCUAUUGGAGUGUACGACCAGGUGCGACCCAAAUGUUGCUGCAACAGCAGCAGCAGCAGCAGCAGCAGCAGCACGAGCUCCCAGCCGCAACCGGCAGCCGCAGACGACUCCGCGGCCGGUGCCGCAGCAGCUGCUGCUCCUGCUCCUACAAACAGCAGCAGCGAAGCUUCUGCUGAGGAGCAGCACGCAGUCAGGAAGCAGCAGCAGGCAUUAAUCUGUGCAAUAUCUAGCCAUGGACCUCCGCAGCAGCUACCGUUCAUGCUGCUGCAGCGUGGCCAGCAGCAGCAGCAGCAGCAGCAAGAGCAGCAGCAAGUGCUGCAGCUGCUGUCGCCGCGAGUGCUAGCAUUUGCUGCUACUUAUCGGCCCAAGGAAAGCAAAGUUGGAACGAAUCGGAAGCAGCGCAGGGCCGCCAGGAGAAACAGACGCAAACUACAGCGACAGCAGCAGCAGGCUGUAGCAGCAGCAGCUGCUGCUCCUGCUGCACCUGCUGUUGCACCUGCUGCAUCUGCUGCUGCAGCACCUGCUCCUACCGCUGCUGCUUCUGGAGCAUCUGCUGCUGUUACAGAAGCUACACCAUCCGGUGCCGAAAAGCCUGAUGCUGCAACACACGAUGCCACCGCUGCUGCUGUUGCGGAUGCAGUUGUUUCUACUGCUUCUGGAGCAGCUGAUUCUGCUGCUGCUGCUGCUGGUUCGGCGCCCGCUGCUGCACCUACUGGUGGCACUUCAAUGCCUGCUGCUGCACCUGCUGCUGCUAUUUCAGCACCUGCAGCUAGCGCUGCAGCACCCGCUCCUGCGGAGCAGCAGCUUUGCUGCAGCGCUACUUCUGGCAGCUCCUAA